AUGUGGUUGUCUCCACAAUUUAUGCUUACAAUUGGAGUAUUGCUCUGUAUGUGCAAUGCCCAUAUUUCGAGCUUAUAUACAUUAGAUCUUAAUUGGGAGAAUUCGCAUUAUACUCGUACAAUUGAUCUAGCUAAAUCUUCAAUUGCAGAAGUCGAUUUGAUAAGUAUCAAAAAUACAGCUCAUACUCCACAAAGCGAGUACUAUUACACUAUAAACGACGGAUUCGACAGUGUUGGUGAGUUGUCGUCUUUUUCUGUACGUUUGGCUGAUCAAUCGGUCGAUGUUCCAUUUGAAGAAAUUACCGCUAAUAAAGUUUUCAAAUUUAACUUGCCUGUACCGGUGGCCCCUAAUAGUGACAUUGACUUGAAAGUUAGCUACGUAUACAUUGAUUGCUUAGAACCGGUACCUAAAAAGAUUAGGUUGGAAGAUGUACAGCAGUUGUUAUACCAGACUAAUAAAUUUCCAUUUUCGCCAUAUGUUACUAAAGACUAUACCUUAAUAUUCACCGGUAUGACAAAGGGGCAAGAAAUGGAAUUGCACUUGGACAAAGCGGUCAAUGCUACAAACCCCGUGCCUUAUUUAGAACCAAGAGUGGAAAAUCGUGCAUUGAAAUAUGGCCCUUUUGUCGAGGAUAUCGCACCAUUCACAUUGAAGCCAAUGGGGUUGAUGUAUGACCACAAUCGUCCACUUCUCAAUGUCAUCAGCUUAAACAGAUCCGUUUGGCUUCCUGCGUCACAAGUUAAUAAAGUCUCUAUUGAAGAGUACUAUGAAUUAACAAACCUGGGUGCUGAACUCAGUUCUGGGUUUUCACGUGUUGACUGGAUGAAGGGAAGAUAUGCCGGAACAAGAAACCAUUGGGCAUUGAGUCACUUGGAAUUCCCUCUUUGGAAAAGAAAAGAAUUCGAGGACUACUAUUUUACAGAUAAAGCAGGUGUUGUUUCUACUCACAAAGUUGUCCAAAACCACUUGCUAUUACUGCCUCGUUUCCCAAUAUUUGGUGGGUGGCACUAUAACUUUACUUUAGGCUGGACUGAAGAUAUGAGUCAAAUCGUUCAUCAAAGUAAUCAGGACACAAACGAGUAUCUUAUUAGACUCCCCAUUUUGAACACUUUAAGAGACGUAACUUAUGAAGAUGUUUAUUUGGAGUUUUAUCUCCCAGAGAAUUCCCAAUACGAAGAUCUAGCAUCAUCAAUACCUUACGAAUCGAUAACUGUUACAAAUGAAUUGUCGUAUUUCGAUGUAUCUAAGGGACACAUCAAAGUCACCGUUCAUUAUAGAAAAUUAUACGAUAGCAUCAACCAAGUUGAUGUUAUCUUAAAGUAUAAAUACAGCAAGACAAGUCUUUAUACCAAAGUGGGUAAAAUUUCAGCAUUUAUCUUUACUGGGUUGAUUAGUUAUUACUUGUUGAAUAUUUUAUAG